AUGGAGUCCGCGGAGAUCCUCGGCGAGCCAAAGGAGGUCCGCGCCGACCUCCUGGAGCUCGGCGAGGGCAACGACUACGCGACGUGCCGGCGCGUCGUCGAGAAGGUCCUCGGCCGGCGGUUCCACGGCGCGCUGCCGCUCCACCCGUCCUACGUGCCCGCGCGGUGCCCGGCGGACGCCAUGCCCCAGUCCGGCUGCUACGUCAAGCGCAAGCGCUGGACGGACACGCUCCACCUCGGCUACGAGCCGGGCGUCUACCUGCUCGUCGGCGAGAACCCGAACACGUCCGCGCCCGGCGCGGCCGCGCCGGCGUCCGUGCCCCCGUCCGAGUGGUGCGACACGAGCGACCUCGCGCCCUCGGAGUGGCGCAACGCCAGCGGCCUCCAGCCGGCGCCCUACGGCUUCGAGAAGAAGAACUGCGCGAGCGAGUACGUCAUCUGCGACGAGCGCGGCGCGGCGUACUACGCCGUCCGCGGCGUCUGCUUCUUCCGCACGGAGGACGAGGCCCUCGCGAACUGGAACGCGGGCCUGCCCCUCGUCCAGGUCCUGCAGAUCUCCCCGAAGGAGGCGCGGCUCGUCGCCGCGCCCCGCGGCGGCGCGCCGCCGAGCCCGAGCCCGCCGCCGAGCCUGCCCCCGCUCGCUCGCGACGAAAGCUGA